AUGGCGGAGCAGAGUUGCGCCGCCCUGCUGCUGCCGGUGGUGGGCAACCUGUCCGGAGCGGCGGCGGGGGCGGCGGCGAGCUUCAUCUGCGGGAGAUUCGAGAAUAUCACGACCCAGUUCGAGGCGGUGUCGGCGCAGCUGACGGACACGGCGUCGGCGGUGGACACGACGUACCUGCUGUUCUCCGCCUACCUGGUCUUCUCCAUGCAACUAGGCUUCGCCAUGCUCUGCGCCGGCUCGGUGCGGGCCAAGAACACCAUGAACAUCAUGCUCACCAACGUCCUCGACGCCGCCGCCGGUGGCAUCUUCUACUAUCUCUUCGGCUUCGCCUUCGCCUUCGGAUCCCCCUCCAACGGCUUCAUCGGCCGGCACUUCUUCGGGCUCAAGGGCGUCCCAGCCCCCGGGUACGACUAUGCCUACUUCCUCUACCAGUGGGCCUUCGCCAUCGCCGCCGCCGGCAUCACCUCCGGCUCCAUUGCCGAGCGGACCCAGUUCGUCGCCUACCUCAUCUACUCCUCCUUCCUCACGGGUUUCGUCUACCCCGUGGUGUCUCAUUGGUUCUGGUCCGCCGACGGCUGGGCCAGCGCCUUCCGCACCGACGAUCUCCUCUUCCGCAGCGGCGCCAUCGACUUCGCCGGCUCCGGCGUGGUCCACAUGGUCGGCGGCAUCGCCGGCUUCUGGGGCGCCCUCAUCGAGGGCCCCCGCAUCGGCCGCUUCGACCACUCCGGCCGCGCCGUGACCCUCCGCGGCCACAGUGCCUCCCUCGUGGUGCUCGGCACCUUCCUACUCUGGUUCGGCUGGUACGGCUUCAACCCGGGCUCCUUCCUCACCAUCCUCAAGUCCUACGGCCCCAGUGGCUCCAUCAACGGCCAGUGGUCCGCGGUGGGCCGCACGGCGGUGACCACCACCCUCGCCGGCUGCGCCGCGGCGCUCACCACGCUCUUUGGGAAGCGCCUCCUCUCCGGGCACUGGAACGUCACCGACGUCUGCAACGGCCUCCUUGGCGGCUUCGCCGCCAUCACUGCCGGUUGUUCUGUGGUGGAGCCGUGGGCGGCGAUCAUCUGCGGCGUCGUCGCCGCCGGGGUCCUCAUCGGCUGCAACAAGCUGGCGGAGAAGUUCAGAUUCGACGACCCCCUCGAGGCGGCCCAGCUCCACGGCGGCUGCGGCACCUGGGGCCUCAUCUUCACCGCCCUGUUCGCCAAGGAGAGGUACGUCAACGAGGUCUACCCGGGCCAUCCCGGCCGUCCCUACGGACUCUUCAUGGGGGGUGGCGGCCGUCUGCUGGCGGCGCAGCUGGUGCAGAUCCUGGUAAUCGCCGGGUGGGUCAGCGCCACCAUGGGCCCCCUCUUCCUCCUCCUCCGCCGGUUCGGCCUUCUCAGGAUCUCCGACGAUGAUGAGAUGGCCGGGAUGGACCUCACCCGCCACGGCGGCUUCGCCUACGUCUACCACGACGACGACUCCCCCGGUGACGGCGCCGCAGGGUUCAAGCACAAAUCAGCCGUCUCCCGGGUGGAGCUCACCACCGCCGGCAACGGCCGCCCCUAG